GAUCCCCGUUGGCGGAUGUGACACUCUGGAGAUCAGGCAGAUCCUCCUCCGGCAGCGCACAAUGAUCCAGCUCACUCGCCCUGGACGGAGCUGCAUGUCGUGGACCGGACCGAACCCUCACGGCUCGACGUAAAGCCUCAGGUUUCCAGACAGACACGGCGGCGGCGGGGGGCUAUUAAAAGUCGAAGACACCGCCGGGCUCUUGUUUGUGCGGCGGGUUGAGGGGUUUUCCCUCAGUGUUCAGCCAGAGGCUCACCUGCACAGGCAGGACCAUGCGCUCCAGGGCUGCGCUCCUCCGGUUUACCACCCUUUUGGGUCUGCUUUUCCUCCCUUCGGUUUUGUCCUCCUCCUCUCGGCGUCAAUGGGUUCUCCAGCGUGUCCCUGUGGUCCUGCCCCAGCAGACGGAGGCUCGGCCGACCCCGCAGUUUCUGAAUGAGGCCCGCCUGGAUGUUGCCUCCCCCUGCGACCCAGACUGCCACAAGAAAGCCCCUCGUCCCAGCUACUGGGAUUUGCGGAGCCUUCUGGCCUACGAGACUCUCCACUCUGAUGGUCAACUCACCGAGACUGCCAUUGGGAUUUAUGGCUACGAUCCCUAUUCCAGUACCAGUCCCGCUUACUCUUCUGGAUCCUCUGGUAAGGCCGAGCGAUCACACGUCAGAAGAAAACGACAGAUAUUUGGACACGAUGGGCGUUUUAGUAUUGCAGGGCAGAACUUCCUUCUGAAGUACCCGUUCUCGGUGGCGGUCAAACUGUCCACUGGAUGUUCUGGGACACUGGUAGGGGACCGGCACGUCCUCACGGCUGCUCACUGUGUUCACGAUGGCAAAAACUACGUGAAAGGAGCCCAGAGGCUUCGGGUUGGCUUUUUGAAACCAAAGCAACGGGAUGCGCAACAGUCAUCUGUGUACCUUCCCUCUAACUUUACCAACCACAUAGAGGGGGGCCCCGCUCAAUACUCCCCACCUGCCAAUGACAAAAUGAAGUUCCAGUGGAUCAGAGCCAAGCGCACCCACGUUCCCAAAGGUUGGAUUAAAGGGAAUGCCAAUGACAUCGGGAUGGACUACGACUAUGCUUUGCUGGAACUGAAAAAGCCUCACAAACGCCGGCACAUGAAGUUAGGCGUCAGCCCCCCAGCUCAGAGACUUCCCGGUCGGCGAGUCCACUUCUCGGGAUUUGACAACGACCGCCCUGGACAGCUGGUGUAUCGGUUCUGUCGGGCCGGCGAGGAGACGUCAGACUUGUUGUACCAGCACUGUGACGCUCAGCCGGGGGCCAGCGGCUCUGGAGUCUACGCCCGGAUGUGGGAUGGGCGGCGGCGGCGUUGGGAGCGCAAGGUGAUAGGUGUGUUUUCUGGGCAUCAGUGGGUGGAGAAGAAAGGGACAUCUCAGGAAUUUAACGUGGCUGUCCGCAUCACACCUCUUAAAUAUGCACAGAUCUGCUACUGGAUUAAAGGAAACUUUGUGGAUUGCAGAGAGGGCUGAGAAAAAAAAAAACUGCAGAGAGGACUAAACAGGGGGUGUAGCAAGAACUGUGCCAUGGUCCAGGAACCUUUUCACAUUUGGUCCUGUUACAACCACAACUUUUACAAUGUUUUAUGGUAGUACUGAAAGAGAAAGAAAAAGUAUGCAUAGUUUUCAAAAUAACAAAAAAAGUUGGUUCAGAAAAUAAAAAUGCACUAUCUUUUUAAAGGAUCUGGCCUCGAUUUGAACAAGUUUAAGAUCUAAAAUACUAACAGAUAUAGUUGGGGUUAUCUACAAAACCAAUUGUAUAAAGCAGAAGACUAUUAUUGAACCGAUGAAUAAUUUUUUAUGUUCUUAACUUUCCUGAGAAGUUACAUGAUGAAGGUUUUUUUUUUAAGAAUGGUGUUUUGUAGAGGUCGUGGGUGUUUGAUUAAAUAUGGGGACCAGGUUAUAGAAGGAAAGUGCAGCCCGUCCUGCUGGAAGGUGGACCUCCUAGCCAGUUUUAAACUUUUUUUCCAGUAUUGUUCAGAAUAUAGCUCCGCCCAUUUCUCCAAUUCUGUCCUACUUCCCUGUCCUGCUGAAAAAAAAAAUAGCAUCCUCGCAGCAUGAGGCUGCCACCUUCAUGUUUCACCUCUGCGGGUUUUGUGUUCAGAGUGAUUUACUGAGAUCGCGUUCGACCACCAAAUUCACGUGUAGAACCAGAAAGUUACAUUUCGGUCUUGUAACAAGAGCACCUUCUUCUAUGUUUGCCUGGUGCUGUACAUGGCUUCCCCCCCCCUAGCUGCUCCUCCAUAUGUGCCUGAGUCCUGAUUCAUAGUUUUCCUGUCAACAGGAUUCUCCCACCUGAGCUGUGGAUAUAUACAGUUCCCCCAGAGUCACCAUGUCAAUUCUUUUAUUAUAGUUCUCCUAUCUUGAUAGGUUUGCAGUGGCACCAUAAUCUUUCCAUUUUCAAAUGAUGGAUUUAACUUUUGAUUCAACUUUAAAAGAUGUUUAAAAGUAUGUUUUUUAUAAGAUAAAUAUGCUAUAACCAUCUCCAUAGGUUUCCUUUGAGCCGUCUACUGUGUUCCUUGGGUCUUCAUGACGCUUUGAUCACUACUGUUCUCUACCAGAACGCUGAAGGCUUUACUGAACAACUGUAUUUACACAGGGACUAUAUUCCACAGUUGGACCAUUUUCUAAUCAUGUGAUUUCUGGAGCCAUUUUUGCACUUAAUAGUUUUUGAGGUGUCAGAGUAAAGGGAGGAGGGGGGUGAAUACAUAAAAAACACACUUCAGAAUUUUUUUAGUUUUAAAGAUUUUGAAAACUUUGCAUAUUUUUCUUUCUACAUCACCAUUAUGUUAUUCCUACUUUGUGCUCGUGACAAGAAAUCCCAAUAAAAUACAUGCAAGUUUGUGGUUGUAACACGACAAGGGGAACAAUUCAAGACCUAUUAAUACUUUGGUGAGGCACUGCAUGGGAAUGCUGGAAGCCAGACGAUUCCGCAUUUAUCACCCAUUUAUGUUCAACACUGACAUAUUAAAAUAAAUAUUUUCAUUUUUUGUCCCUAUUCAGGAAGUUUAAAUGAUCAGAAAAACAUCUGGUAAUGACAAAUUGAUUGAAUAUUGAUAUUUAUCACUGCACCUUUAUUAAUGUCUCUACAAAUAUAUGUUUUUAAAGAGAGUAUCUGCUUCUAAAAAAAAAAAAAUAGUGUGGAUACUUAUAUCUGUUGGCGUUUAUGAUGUGGAACACAGACUAUAACCUUUGUUACUUAAGAAUGCACUGUCAAGACUUCCUUCUACUGAAAAUGAUACCUGUGGAUGAAUGUACACAUCAGCAAAGCCAAAGCUGCAAACAGGGGGAGUUUCUAAAACGAUGUUGCACCUCCUAGUAGAUAUAAGUUAUCGACAAGUAUACUGAACUGUCAAUAAUAACGGAGUCUAAUAGAUUCAUCUUAGUUAUGCAGGAUGAAAUGUAUGUUCCGUGUUUCUGUGGGCAUGAGGUGUUGGAGCUUGUUGUAUGGCCCCAUCUGGUGGCAGCAUAAAGCACUGCAUGUGUCCACACAUUUUACCAUGCCAUCUCAGCCUAGAUUCAGAUAUGCCUUUUUUUGCUUUUUUUUUUUUUUUUGCCUUUCUAAAAAUCAAAGACUGCAGAAAA